UGUCGUCAAAUACGAAAAUCCUACUUAUGCUGAUUUGUGUCUUAAAUAAUUGUGGUGUUGCAUCUCCUAAUAACUUUGCUCUCAACCAACCCUUAUGGUAUAGGGUAAGGUAAAGCAGAAUUCAAUAACAAUGGAUGAAACGAAAUUAUUUAAGAAUUUUAUGAAUACUACGGCAUUCUGUUCUGAGUUGGAGAAAUUGGAUAUUCCUUUUUACAGAUCAAUUGACUCAGAAUUCAGCGAAAAUUUGAAAAAUGUUUCUUUGAGAAUUUUGAAAAAUAUUCAGCUGCUUUUUUCAAAGGUAGAUAAGAGUAGGGCUUCCGAUUUUGUAGAUGUUGAAGAUAUCGACAAUAGAUGGAUGGAAGUUUCUGAUACAUUGGAUAUUUUAUUUGAGAAGACAGAUUAUUGCCUAGACAAAGCUAAAGGUUUAUUAAAGAAACCAAAGAUUGAAGCUAGCCCUUUGCCUGUUGCCGCUCCAAAGAAACAGAAAAAAGAAAAGCUUCCCUACCGAAUGAUACAUGCUGCUCAUUUACCAAAGCCACAGUUACGCUUCCAAAGUUCCCCAAAUAAUGAUAGAGACUUCAAUUGGUUUUGGAAGCUUACUGAAAAACCAAACGCGCUUGUGCCUUUAGAUAAACUUGUGAAACAAGUUGAAACAGACCCCACUUUAGCCCACUCCUUGCCUCAUCCUUACGGAACAGAAAUAAAGAAUAAUAGGUAUCCUCCUUGGGUUUAUGAGAUGGUGAACCCAACCGAUACAGGAUCUGUUGAGGAAACUACACCUAUAUGGGUCGAUACCGAGGAGGCCUUAAAGGAUAUGCUAAAAGAAUUAAAACAAAGCAAUGCUAUUGCUGUUGAUUUGGAACACCACGAUUACCGAUCCUUUCGAGGAUAUGUUUGCCUGAUGCAAAUAAGUAAUCGCAAAUACGAUUGGGUGGUUGACACUUUACAGCUUCGUGACGAGUUGCAGUGUCUAAACGUUGUCUUUACAGACCCUAAGAUUGUUAAAGUACUUCAUGGCGCUAAUAUGGAUAUUAUUUGGUUGCAACGUGAUUUCGGUUUGUAUAUCGUGAACAUUUUUGACACAUAUUGUGCAACCAAAGUAUUAGGUUUUGAAGGCCAUGGUUUGGCUUUCCUUUUGAAGAAGUAUUGUGACUAUGAAGCUGACAAACGAUACCAAAUGGCUGAUUGGAGAAUUCGUCCUUUACCAAAGGAGAUGUUAUCUUAUGCACAGUCUGACACUCAUUACUUGUUGUAUAUAUGGGAUCAUCUUCGUAAUGAAUUACUCGAGAAUUCUUCCAAGAGAAAAGAGAAUCUCUUACAGUCUGUAGAGAACAACAGUAAACAAAUUGCUCUCCGUAAAUACGAGGUUGAACCAUACGAUCCUGUGUACGGCUUAGGAACGGAUGGCUGGCGUAAUGUCCUUUCCAAAUUUGGUUCUACAAAAAUUAUUGGAAAGGAGGCUAUAACAAUUUUCAAAGCUUUACACGAUUGGCGUGAUAGUACUGCACGCAAGGAAGACGAAAGUGUUCGGUACGUUAUGCCCAACCACUUAUUAACCACUAUUGCUGCGAAUAAACCAAUGGAAACUUUAGACCUGCUUUCUAUAAGCAAGCAGCUCACUCCUCUCGUCCGUAUGUAUGCUGAUGAAAUUGUCCAGGUUAUACGUGAUGCUCAAGAUACUUUUAAUAAGCAAAUUGAACAAGAGCAAUCCUUUGGAACUAAUGAAGCUACUUCAUCCAAAGCUUCCAUCGCUAACAAUGCCGUUGAAGAGUAUGAUAAGACUGCUCCUAACGUUGAUAUUUUUGAGCCAACGAAAAAGAACGUUACAGCUCUGAAAAAAUUUAUGGCCAAUUCUUCAGAUCUUUUUGCUGCUAAAGUUACUUUCCCAUCUACCCUGAAAGAUAGAAAAGAAAAACUAUUGUCAGUAACCGAAAAGGUAUCCUUAAACGUUAGCCCAAUCGUUCAGCAUCCGAUUACUGAAGUGCAAGAAGAAAAUAAUCUUAAAGAAGAAUCCAAUGAGUCUAAUUUACAAGCCAAAGCAGCUAAUACAGAGAAACCCGAGACAGGUGAGAAUGAACAGGAUGCCAUAAUCGUCCGACAACUUGGCAUAAAUAAAAAGAAGCGUCCAUCUUCUGCAGUGGAUACAAAUGCGCCAUCGUUGGAUGAUGUAGUAAAUCCAACGGAUCAAGCUUUGCCUGUCGUUAACGAUAGCGAGGAUAUGAGUUCAUCCAAGAAAAAGAGACAAAGGAAGAAAAAGAAAAAGGAAAGCCAAAAUUCAAAUUUGUCUGUUGCUGGUUCAGAGGCUAAAGAAAGUGCUCCUUCAAGCGAAGCUUUUGACUAUUCCAAUCAAGACAAUUUCCUUCUGAAAAUGGAUGAACAAAAACGGGUUGUACGAAAUCAAAAUGAAAAGAGUUUUAAUCCACUGAAUAGAGCCACUCAGGUUAGACGGAAUGUCAAAGAGCUUAAGAAGCCUAAGGUGCCUGAGGGUAAAAGUACCUCCUUCAAAAAAAACUGAUUUUGAACAAUCUAUAAAUUGUUUUGCGUUAUUGGUACGGGGAUAUAGUUUUAAUAUUAGAGAUUUUUUUGAUUAUAAUAUCUACGUUGGGAAUUUAAUGGUAGUUAUCUAAGCUCAUAUUAAGAUAUUUGCAAAAUUAAAU